GGUAGCAGAGGAACUGUGAGAAAGAGAUAAUCGCACUUGCUCACCUCACCAAUAGUUACCUGUGACACCCUCGCAAUGACAAGAGGGCCCAGCGAAAGGGAGCCACAUAAAGGGAAUUUGGAUGAUACACUAGCCGUCAAUUUGUAAAAAGUUUUUCCCGACCGUCUACUGUUUUUUUUAAAUGCUUUUCGUCAUUUUGGAGUUCCUUUGGAGUUACCUGGGCUGUGAUCGAUCGGAGAAUAAGCGAACCGAGUUAUUCAUCAGCUCUUCGGAUCGUUGCAUGAAACUGAGUGCGGGGCCGCAAUGAGUCGGAGAACAAGACGCUGGAUUUUAAGAGUUUUACUUUGUCUGGGAAUUGUUUAUUUAAAAAUUGGUGGCUUCUCGUCGGUGGUGGCCCUAGGUGCGAGCAUAAUCUGUAACAAGAUCCCCGGUUUGGCCCCCAGACAACGGAUUAUCUGCCAGAGUCGCCCCGAUGCCAUUAUCGUCAUCGGAGAGGGAGCCCAAAUGGGCAUCAACGAGUGUCAGUUUCAGUUCAAAAACGGGCGCUGGAACUGCUCUGCGCUUGGAGAGAGGACAGUCUUCGGAAAAGAGUUGAAAGUGGGCAGUAAAGAGGCUGCGUUCACCUACGCCAUCAUUGCAGCAGGGGUGGCCCACGCCAUUACAGCCGCCUGUACACAGGGUAACCUGAGUGACUGUAGCUGUGAUAAGGAGAAGCAGGGUUUCUACAGUAAAGACCAGGGCUGGAAGUGGGGAGGUUGCUCGGCAGACAUCAGCUACGGCCUGGGCUUCUCCAAAGUAUUUAUCGAUGCUCGGGAAGUCAAACAGAAUGCAAGGACACUAAUGAACCUCCAUAAUAAUGAGGUGGGACGCAAGGUCCUGGAGAAGAGCAUGCGACUGGAAUGCAAGUGUCAUGGUGUCUCAGGCUCCUGCACCACCAAAACCUGCUGGACUACACUUCCCAAGUUCCGCGAGCUCGGCUACAUUCUCAAGGAGAAGUAUGCCCUUGCUGUGCACGUGGAGCCAAUCAAAGCCAGCCGCAACAAGCGCCCUAAAUUCCUCAAGAUCAAGAAGCCUUACUCUUACCGGAAGCCCAUGGAUACAGACCUGGUGUACAUAGACAAGUCGCCUAACUACUGUGAGGCGGACCUUGUGACGGGGAGCUUGGGGACACAGGGCAGGGUGUGUAACAAGACUAUGAUGCAGCACAUCAGCGGCUGUGACUUGAUGUGCUGCGGUCGGGGAUACAACACACACCAGUACUCCCGCGUCUGGCAGUGCAACUGCAAGUUCCUGUGGUGCUGCUAUGUUAAAUGCAACACCUGCAGUGAGAGGACAGAGGUGUACACAUGCAAAUGA